AUGAAAGGAGCAGAUGAUAAGGGAUGGCAUUGAUUUGUAGCGCUUUCUCACAGAGGAUGUAUCAGAUGCGCUCUUGCGAACUCACAUCACGCUAAAACAAUGACGAUUAAAGCUGGAUUUAUCAUUUGGAAUAUAGUGUUCUCAUUUAUAUUCACUUGUGUGCAAGGUUUCAUUUUUACAUGUGGUGGGACAUUAAAAGGGAAGAAUGGGACCAUAGAAAGUCCAGGUUUUCCUCACGGAUACCCCAAUGGAGCAAACUGUACAUGGGUUAUUGUAGCAGAGGAGAGGAACAGAAUUCAUAUAGUUUUUCAGUCCUUCGCAGUGGAGGAAGAAUAUGACUUUUUAUCUUUAUAUGAUGGGCAUCCACAUCCUGCAAACUUCAGGACAAGGUUAACAGGAUUCCAGGUUCCAGCGCCUGUCACAAGUACCGGGUCCAUUUUUUCCCUGCGUCUUACCAGCGACUUUGCAGUAAGCGCCCAUGGGUUUAAAAUAUAUUACGAAGAACUUCAAAGCAGUUCUUGUGGGAAUCCAGGAGUUCCUGCCAAAGGUGUCCUGAACGGAACAAGCUUCAAUGUGGGAGACAGAAUCCGGUACCACUGUGUGUCUGGAUACACAUUGGAUGGUCACGCACAGCUCACCUGUGUGACCAGCACGUCUAAUGUAGCUGUGUGGGAUUUUCCUGUUCCAAUAUGCAGAGCUGAAGACACAUGUGGUGGAACAUUCCGAGGGUCAAGUGGAAUUAUCUCCAGUCCAGACUUUCAGAAGGACUAUCAGAACAGUGGAGAAUGUACAUGGACCAUCCUUGCUGAUCCAGGAGACACCAUCUCACUGGUCUUCUCUGAAUUCCAGAUGGACAGCAAGAUCGACUCUUUAGAAGUGGAGGGUUCCGAUCCACCAACAAUAUGGUUAUCAGGAAUAAAUAUUCCUGUGCCCAUAGUAAGCAACGAGAACUGGUUACGGCUUCAUUUUGUAACAGACAACAGUCAUCGACAUAAAGGAUUCAGCGCUCAGUAUCAAGUGAAAAGAUCUGGAGAUUUUAAAUCAAGGGGAGUGAAGUUAUUACCUGGAAAGGACAACACAAGUAAAUUCUCAAUAAUGAAUGAGGGAAUGGUCAAACAGGUCUCCAAUUUCUGCCCUGACCCUGGGGAACCGGAAAAUGGCAAGCGAAUUGGCGCUGAUUUCAGCAUCGGUGCAACGGUGCAUUUCACCUGUGAUGGAGACCACGUGCUUCAGGGAUCCAAGAGUAUAACAUGCCAAAGGGUGGCGGAAGUGUUUGCGGCAUGGAGUGACCACAGGCCCGUGUGUAAAGUGAAAACAUGUGGGAUGAACCUCUUUGGUCCUUCAGGAACAUUUACGUCUCCUAAUUUCCCCAUUCAGUAUGAGAGUAACUCACAGUGUGUUUGGAUCAUUACUGCCAGUAACCCAAAUAAGGUUAUUCAAAUAAAUUUUGAAGAAUUUGACUUGGAGCUGGGAUACGAUACGUUGACUGUUGGAGACGGCGGUGAGGUUGGGGACUCGAAAACGAUCAUACAAGUGUUAACAGGCAGUUUCGUGCCUGACCUCAUCGUCAGUAUGACCCAUCAUAUGUGGCUGCAUUUGCAGUCUGAUGAAAGUGUGGGCUCUAUUGGCUUUAAGAUCAACUAUAAAGAAAUAGACAAGGAAAGUUGCGGAGACCCUGGGAUCCCUCUGUACGGACAGCGCGAGGGAGGCGGCUUCUCCAAUGGGGACGUGCUGCGCUUUGAAUGCCAGUUUGGAUUCGAGCUCAUUGGCGAGCGAAUGAUUUCCUGUCAGAAUAACAAUCAGUGGUCUGCUAACAUCCCCAUCUGUAUAUUUCCCUGUAUGUCCAACUUUACGGCUGCCAUGGGAACCGUUCUGUCUCCAGACUAUCCGGAAGGUUACGGCAACAACCUCAAUUGUGUCUGGCUGAUCAUAGCUGAACCGGGCAGCCGCAUCCACCUGGCCUUUAAUGAUUUCGAUCUAGAGCCUCCAUAUGACUUCCUGGCGGUACGGGACGGGGAGCUGGUGGACGGUGUGGUGCUGGGACGCUUUUCUGGUGCGGAGGUCCCGUCCCACCUUACCAGCAACUCCAACAUCCUACAGCUGGAGUUCCAGGCAGACCAUUCAAUGUCUGGCCGAGGGUUUAACAUCACCUACAGCACAUUUGGACACAAUGAGUGCCCGGAUCCUGGAGUACCAAUGAAUGCCAAACGCUUUGGCAAUAAUUUCCAGCUGGGAAGUUCCAUAUCAGUCGUGUGUGAGGAGGGUUUCAUAAAAACGCAAGGCUCGGACACGAUUGUGUGCAAGCUGGAGGCAGGAAAGGUCAUGUGGAGUGGUUUGAUCCCCAAGUGUGAAGCUCCAUGUGGAGGUCAUUUCACUGCUCCGGUGGGAGUCAUCUUGUCUCCGGGGUGGCCCGGCUACUACAAAGACUCCCUGAGCUGUGAGUGGGUCAUUGAGGCUGAGGUGGGACGCUCCAUCAAGAUAAGCUUUGACAGGUUUCAGACAGAACUCAAUUAUGACUUUCUCGAGGUUCACGAUGGGCCUAAUCUCCUCUCGCCCCUCAUCGCCUCUCUAAACGGCACCCAGGUCCCUCAGUUCCUGUUCAGCAGUGGCAACUUCCUGUAUCUUCUCUUCACCACUGAUAACAGUCGCUCUAACAGCGGCUUUAAGCUCUUUUAUGAAAGUGUAACUCUGGACACUCAUUCAUGUCUGGACCCUGGCGUGCCGGUGAAUGGGAUUCGUUAUGGGCAGGAUCUGGCCAUCGGCUCUGUGGUGUGGUUUGGCUGUGAGCCUGGAUACAGACUGAGCCAUGAGGAACAGCUGGUGUGUGAGAAGAACCACUGGUGGAAUCAUCCACUGCCUACAUGUGACGCUCUGUGUGGAGGUGACGUGCACGGCCCUGAGGGCAUUAUUCUCUCUCCCGGCUUUCCAGAGCUCUAUCCCAACUCAUUAAACUGCACAUGGACUGUGGAGGUCAGCCAUGGCAAAGGAGUGCAGUUCACAUUUAAUGCGUUUCACCUUGAGGAUCACCAUGACUACCUGCUCCUCACAGAAAACGGCAGCUUUUUGCGGCCCCUCGCCCGGCUCACCGGUUCACAGCGACCCCUGCCAAUCAAUGCUGGGCUGUAUGGCAACUUCAAGGCGCAGCUCCGAUUCAUCUCUGACUUCUCCAUUUCCUUCCAGGGGUUCAACAUCUCAUUCUCAGAGUAUGAUUUGGAGCCAUGUGAGGACCCUGGUGUGCCCCAAUUUGGCAGGCACAGUGGAAGCAGCUUUGGCAUCGGUGACAGCCUGAUGUUCUCUUGCGACCUUGGUUACCGCCUGCAGGGUGCUAGGGAGAUCACUUGCCUGGGCGGUGGGCGGCGCAUAUGGAGUGCACCUCUGCCAAGGUGUGUGGCUGAGUGUGGCUCGACCGUUUCAAAGAACUCUGGCAUCCUGUUGUCACCGAACUACCCCCAGACAUACGAGAACAACCACGAGUGCAUCUACAACAUUCAGGUCCAGGCAGGAAAAGGAAUUAACAUCUCAGCCAGUACUUUUCAUCUCGCUCAAGGUGACGUUCUCAAGUUGUAUGAUGGUCCAGACAACACUGCAGAAGUUCUGGGAGCUUUCACAGGUUCUUCUAUGUUGGGUCAGUCAUUGAGCAGCACAUCGAAUCACCUCUGGCUGGAGUUUUACUCUGAUCAAGAAGAAACAGCGGAGGGAUUUAAACUCGUUUACACCAGUUUUGAGCUUUCUCACUGUGAGUACCCUGGAGUGCCGCAGUUUGGGUCAAAAGCGAGCGAUCAGGGCCACUUUGCUGGCAGCGUGGUCACAUACCGCUGUGAUCCUGGUUACAGUCUCCAUGGCAGCAGCCUACUGAGAUGUAUGACGGGCGAGAGACGGGCUUGGGAUAACCCGCUCCCCUCCUGCAUUGCGGAGUGCGGGGGAAGUUUUAAAGGUGAAUCAUCAGGACGGAUAUUGUCUCCCGGAUACCCGUUUCCCUAUGACAACAACCUGCGUUGCACCUGGACCAUCGAGGUGGACUCUGGCAACACUGUCAGUCUUCAGUUCUUGGCAUUUGAUACAGAAGCAUCCCAUGACAUCCUGAAGGUGUGGGAUGGACAUCCCGAGAAUGAGAUGGCCCUGAAGGAAGUGAGCGGCUCACUGUUACCUGACGGAAUUCACAGCACUCUCAAUGUGGUCACCAUCCAGUUUGAGACGGAUUUCUACAUCAGCAAGUCUGGAUUUGCUAUUGACUUCUCAAGUUCUGUGGCGACCGCCUGCCGGGAUCCCGGGACGCCAAUGAACGGCAGUCGCAGCGGGGAGGGGAAGGAACCGGGCGACACAGUGACCUUUUUGUGUGAUCCGGGCUACGACCUGCUAGGGGAACCUCGCAUCACCUGCAUUCAAGUAGACAACAGAUUCUACUGGCAGCCCAGUCCACCUACCUGUAUCGCUCCUUGUGGUGGAAACAUUACAGGUUCAUCUGGAUUCAUUCUCUCUCCAAACUUUCCCCACCCCUACCCGCACAGUAAAGACUGUGACUGGUUCAUCACGGUUCACCCUGAUUACGUCAUCUCCUUGGCAUUUAUCAGUUUUAGCAUUGAACCCAACUAUGACUUCUUGUACAUUUAUGACGGGCCUCAUAGCAACAGUCACCUGAUCGGCACAUUUCAAGACAGCAAGUUGCCGGAGAAGGUGGAAAGCAGCUCCAACAUCAUGCACAUUGCCUUCCGUAGUGAUGGCUCUGUGAGCUAUACAGGCUUCCAUCUGGAGUACAAAGCUAAACUGCGUGAGGCAUGCUUUGACCCGGGCAGCGUGAUGAAUGGCACUCGGUUGGGCACAGACUAUAAGCUGGGAUCUACUGUGACCUUCCACUGUGAUCCGGGUUACCAGCUCCAGGGUUACUCUAGUCUCACCUGUGUGAUGGGCAGCACCAACAGACCCGAGUGGAACAGAGCGCUGCCCAGCUGCCAAGCUCCAUGUGGAAGACGGUCAACAGGGUCAGAGGGCACCAUACUGUCCCCAAACUACCCUCGCAACUACACCAAAGGCCAAACCUGCGUGUAUGAGAUUUCUGUUCCUGGAGAGUUCGUUCUCUUCGGCCAGUUUAUGUUCUUCCAGACGACCCCCAAUGAUGUGGUGGAGAUCUUUGACGGACUCUCUAAGGAUUCUCCCCUCCUCACCUCGAUCUAUGGAUCUCACUCUGGAGAACCGUUGCCGCUGAGCUCUGCCAAUGAAAUCACCAUCAAAUUUAAAACUGAGGGGCCAAACACGGCUAAAGGCUUUCAUUUUGUCUAUCAAGCUGUUCCAAGAACCAGUGCUUCUCAGUGUAGUUCAGUUCCUGAGCCUCGCUAUGGGAAGCGCAUUGGAAAUGACUUUGGAUUGGGCACGGCUGUGCUAUUCGAGUGUAACCCAGGUUACACUCUGCAUGGUGCCAAUGCCAUCAGGUGUGAGGCCGUGCCCAACUCUCUCGCCCAGUGGAACGGCACUGUGCCAACAUGUGUUGUCCCCUGUGGAGGAGUUCUGACUACGCGCCGUGGUACCAUCCUGUCUCCGGGAUACCCUGAUCCCUAUGACAACCAUCUGAAUUGCGUUUGGAAGGUCUUUGUGCCGGAGGGAACUGGAAUCCAAAUUACAGUUGUGACGUUUUCCACCGAACACAACUGGGACUCGCUAGACUUUUACGACGGUGUCGACAGCAAUGCUCCAAGACUUGGGAGCUAUUCUGGGACCACGAUUCCAUCGCUUCUGAACACAACAUCCAACAAUCUGUACCUUACCUUUCAGACCGAUAUGAGUGUUUCUGGAGCAGGCUUUCACCUGGAAUAUACAGCAAUAGGUUUGGACUCCUGCCCGGAACCUCAAACCCCCAGCAAUGGCAUGAAAGUGGGCGACCGCUACUUCGUGGGUGAUGUUGUCUCAUUUCACUGUGAACAAGGCUACACUUUAAAGGGAAGUGCAUAUAUAACAUGCAUGCCAGGACCUGUGAGAAGAUGGAACUACCCGGCACCUCUCUGUCUGGCUCAGUGUGGUGGCUUCCUAUUUGAUCUGAAUGGAGUCAUUCUAAGCCCUGGUUUUCCUGGAAAUUACCCCAGUGGACUCGACUGCAUCUGGACAGUUAAACUUCCUGUUGGCUUUGGAAUUCAUCUGCAAUUCCUCAACUUCUCCACGGAGGCUGUGCACGAUUACCUUGAGGUCCAUAGCGGGACACUGGACUCGGGCUCUGUGAUCGAUCGAUUCAGUGGACCUGUUGUACCAGAAUCUUUCUUCAGCACGACUCAUGAAACCAGCUUCCUGUUUCACAGCGACUACUCCCAGAACAAAGCUGGUUUCCAUAUCACCUACGAGGCAUAUGAACUGCAGAGGUGUCCGGAUCCACGGCCCUUUCGGAAUGGUGUGGUGAUUGGCAGUGAUUUUGGAGUGGGCAUGACCAUCUCUUUCCAGUGUCUGCCGGGAUACACGCUGCUGGGUGAGGCGUCCCUCACAUGCUUGCAUGGAAUCAGCCGCAACUGGAACCAUCCUGUGCCUCGCUGUGAAGCACUUUGUGGUGGUAAUAUCACAGCCCUUAAUGGGACCAUCUACUCUCCGGGCCACCCAGCUGACUACCCCAAUCUGAAAGACUGUAUAUGGAGCAUCCGAGUACCUCCAGGCAACGGCAUCCACAUCAACUUCACUGUGCUCAACACAGAACCGAUCUACGACUACAUCACCAUCUGGGAUGGUCCCGAUCAAACAUCUCCACAGAUCGGUCAAUUCAGCGGUAGUUCACCCCAGGAGAGUGUUUCCAGCACAUCCAAUCACAUCUUGCUGAAGUUCCACAGUGACUUCAGCACUAGCGGAUUCUUUGUUCUGCUUUACCAUGCUUACCAACUUCGCGUCUGUCAACCUCCCCCAUCCGUCGCCAACGCAGAGAUACUGGCUGAAGAUGAUGUAUUUGAAAUUGGAGACAUCAUGAGGUACCGCUGCCUGCCGGGCUUCACGCUGCUUGGGAGUGAGAUCCUGACCUGUCGGCUGGGUGAGCGACUGCAGAUGGAUGGCACUCCACCGGUCUGCCAAGUGCAAUGUCCCGACAACGAGGUACUGUUCGAUUCGACAGGCGUGAUCCUAAGUCCAGGUUACCCUGACAGUUACCCCAACCUUCAGAUGUGCUCCUGGAUGAUCAAUGUGGAGAAGGGCUACAACAUCACAUUACACUUUGAACUCUUCCAGACGGAGAAAGAAUUUGAUAUUCUGGAGAUCUUUGAUGGGCCCAAUAUAUAUAGUCAUAGUCUGGCCGUGCUGAGCGGAGAUCUGAGCGUGCCCUUCAAUAUCACCACAACGGGUCACCAGCUGUUUUUACGCUGGUCUUCUGAUCACGGCACCAACAAAAAGGGCUUCCGUAUCACUUACGUGGGUGAGUAUCAAACGAUGUACUGCAGUACGCCAGACUCUCCGCUGCACGGCUUUGUGGUCAGUCAGACGGGUGGUCACAUCAACAGCGUUGUUCGUUGGGCUUGUGAUCGUGGCUACCGGCUCAUCGGGAAAAAUAUGGCCGUCUGCAAGAAGACUGAGAUCGGUUAUCUGGCCUGGGACUCGUCUGUGCCGGCAUGUCAAGCCGUAUCCUGUGGGACCCCAGUGGCCCCUGUGAACGGAGGCGUCCUAGCUGCUGAUUAUUCCGCAGGAACACGAGCCACAUACUUCUGCAAUGAUGGCUUCCGACUCUCCUCUAAAGAGGUGACCAGCGCUGUGUGUCAGGCUGAUGGCACAUGGAGUAACCACAAUAAAAUCCCUCGCUGUACAGUGGUGGUGUGUCCCAGUAUCGGCUCCUUCACGUUGGAUCAUGGCAAAUGGAGGAUCGUCAACGGCUCUCGUUACGAAUACGGCACCAAAGUGGCCUUUACCUGUAACCCUGGCUACUACCGCAUUGGCCCUGCCCACAUUCACUGUACAUCCAAUGGGACAUGGAGCUGGAGAAAUGAACGACCUCGCUGCAAGAUCAUUUCAUGCGGAGAGCUGCCUACUCCUCCUAAUGGAAAGAAAAUUGGGACACAGACGACCUUCGGAGCCACGGCCAUUUUUACCUGUAACUUGGGCUACAUUCUGGUGGGCUCAACUGUACGGGAAUGUUUGCCAUCGGGUCUUUGGAGCGGAACGGAGACGCACUGUCUCGCUGGUCAUUGCGGCAUUCCAGAAAGGAUUGUGAAUGGUCAAGUGAUCGGUGAGAACUUUGGGUACAGGGAUACGGUGGUGUAUCAGUGCAACCCAGGUUUCCGGCUCAUCGGAUCUUCUGUGCGCAUCUGCCAACAGAAUCACAACUGGUCUGGGCAGCUCCCAUCCUGUGUGUCCGUGAGUUGUGGUCACCCGGGUAGCCCUAUCUACGGCCGCACUGUUGGCGACGGCUUCAACCUGAACGACGUGGUGACCUUCUUCUGUAAUAACGGCUACAUUCUGGAAGGUCCAUCUCAAGCACAGUGUCAGGCAGACCGCCAGUGGAGCCAACAGCCCCCCACAUGCAGAGUUGUCAACUGCACUGAUCCCGGUUUACCAGCCAACUCAAUCAGAAAGAGCAAAAUUGAGUACGGUAACUUCACUUUCGGAACUGUGGUUUCCUAUGACUGCAAUCCAGGCUAUUACCUCUUUGGGUCAUCAGUUCUAACCUGCCAGCCGGUGGGUUACUGGGACAAGCCAUUACCAGAAUGCCUGGAGGUUGAGUGCGGCCACCCUGGUUCUCCUCCUCAUGCGGUUGUGAUUGGAGACAAAUUCACCUUUGGCUCCACAGUGCACUACAGGUGUUUAGACGACAGAGUUUUGAUUGGUGAGUCUACACGCACCUGUCAGCUGAAUGGCCAAUGGAGCAGCUCGCAGCCACAUUGCUCAGGUGAUAAAAGGGGUGCUUGCGGGGAUCCAGGCACUCCGGCUCACGCCACCAGAGAGGAGGGCAGCUUUCAGCAGCAUGCCAAAGUUCGGUUCACUUGCUCCACAGGUCACAUGCUCUAUGGCUCCGCAGAGAGGAUUUGCUUCCCCAACGGCACGUGGUCAGGCCGUCAGCCCACCUGCAAACCUGUUCAAUGCGGGAAUCCAGGGACUCCAGCUAAUGGACGCAUUUUACGAGUGGAUGACACCACCUUCUCUCAUUCAAUCAUCUACUCGUGCGUAGAUGGAUAUCGCCUCUCCGGUUCUCCUUCCCGUCAGUGCCUGGCAAACGGCACCUGGUCUGGCGCCGAGCCCAACUGCACCCUGAUUAGCUGUGGGGAUCCAGGAGUACCUGCCAACGGGCUGAGAUUCGGCGAGGAUUUUACCAUUGGCCAGAACGUGACGUAUUCCUGCCAGCCUGGUUACAUGAUGGAAAAUUGGAGCAUUGAUACCCGCACCUGCACCCACAACAGCACAUGGAGUGGCACGUUACCAACCUGUGAAGCGGUGACCUGCGCUCCUCCACCCAGUAUCUUCAAUGGUGAGGUGGAGGGUUCUGUGUUCGAGUGGGGCACCAGUGUGAGUUACCGCUGUCUGACAGGGUACGACCUGUCCUUCCCUGCUGUCCUCACCUGUGUUGCCAACGGCUCCUGGAGUGGAGAGAUUCCCCUGUGCUUGCCUAAGUUUUGUGGUGACCCCGGCACACCUCCAUGGAUCAGAAGAGAAGGGCAGAGUUUCAUCUUCAAAUCUGAGGUCAUCUACAGCUGCAGCGCCCCCUAUGUGCUGGUGGGCUCCUCUACUCGCGUGUGUCAAGCAGACGGCAUGUGGAGUGGAACCCAACCACGUUGCAUAGAACCAACUAGAACGACAUGUGAUAAUCCAGGCACCCCUGAGUACGGCUCUUUGAACAGCAGCCUGGGCUUUAAGGUGGGAAGUACAGUGAAGUUCCACUGUCAGACUGGGCACCUGAUACUGGGCUCCACCACACGCACAUGCCAGGAGAAUUUGACCUGGACUGGCACUCAACCCGAAUGCAUCCCUCACUCCUGUAAGCAACCAAAGACCCCACCGCAUGCCAACGUGCUGGGCAUAGACCUGCCCUCGUUUGGCUACACGCUGCUGUACUCCUGCCAGCCUGGUUUCAUCCUCACAGGGGGAUCCGAGCACCGAGCAUGCCGCUCAGAUGGAUUGUGGACCGGAAAAGUGCCUAUUUGUAGAGCUGGCACGAAAACAACAGAAAAAGUCAUAACGCCCGUUCAAGGCACGCCAAGUCCAAAAGUAAACGUCCCUCAUGAUGUGUUGACACCCACGUACGUAUGGAAAGGCUCGUUUGAGUACAAAGGAGUAAAACAGCCGAUGACUUUGACAAUCACUAAUUUUAACAUGAGCACGGGGAAAGUCAAUGUGACUUUAACUAACAGGCACUCAGAACUGCUGUUGUCAGGUGUUUAUAAGAGCAGAGACGCUCGCCUGACGCUGCAGCCGUAUCACAUGAGAGCUUUGGUGAAGAGCACGUACAGCAAGAUCACUGAGGAGACCUUCAUCAUGGAUGGCUUUGUCUCUGCUGACCAUGAAGGAAACACAUACUUGUUCCAAGGCUUUAUACAAGGUAGAGACUACGGACCAUUUGGACUACAGAGACAAGGUCUGAACAUAGUGGAGACCACCAAAAGCCCAGAGAUCCCACCUCGAACCAAUAGUAGCUCUGUGGCCAUCGCAAUUCUUGUGCCUUUCUUUGCCCUGAUUUUUGCAGGCUUUGGAUUUUAUCUCUAUAAACAGAGGAAGUCUGAUAAAGAGGAGUACAGCGGCUGUUCUGUGCAUGAAAACAACAAUGGUCAGGCAACAUUCGAGAACCCAAUGUACGACACUAAUUCCAAAUCCGUCGAGGGAAAAGUUGUCCGCUUCGAUCCCAAUCUCAACACGGUUUGCACAAUGGUUUGAGGGGUUGACGCUCUUAGAAUUGUCACACUUCUGUUGCUAUAUUUCAUAGUCUUUUAAGAAACUUUCAAGCACAGUUUUGGGAUGCCGAAAACACACCGUGACUCAAAGCUUUGCGUAGAUUUAUAGGAAAAAAAAAAAGAUUCUUCACCGUUUGCGUGGAGAAAUAUAUAUUAUAUACAUCUCACUCUAAGAGUGCUGACUUUGUAUUUAAAAAGAAAUAUGAAAAAAGGUAUAUAUGUAUAAUCUUUUCAACAUGAGGAUAUAUUCACAAAAUGGAGAGAAUUCAUUUAAGCCAUUCAAAGUGUGUUCGAUCAUGCACAUUGUAGUAUAUUUUGAGUUUUCUCAUGUCAUCACAGUGCGCUUAAACCUUCUAACCUCUUACAAAUCCAAAUUGCUAAAAGAACAAGAGCUACUGGGUGAUGUUACAAUUCAAAUGUAAACUUUCUCAUGGAAUUUGAACAUUCGAUCUUUAGUUACAGUAUAAGGAAUUAAGUAAUGAUUAUUACCUUUUAUAUAUUUUUUUCUGGGUGUUUUAAAGGUGAAGUAUGUUUGUUUUUCAAUGUUAAAAUACUUGGGUAUUAUCUCAGUUAAUUGUUCAACUAUAAGUCAUUCAUUAGGUUGAUUCCCAUGAAAAAUGUAAACACUGUGGCACUUUUAAAACAUUGCUCUGUUUGAACGGCCCAACAUGUCAUGUUUUUUGCCGAACAACUGCAGAUGGGGUGUUUGGGAAACCUAUUUGGAAACAACUGUUAUUUUUGCAAUCCCGAUUGGUCCCACUAGUUGUACAGAUAUUACACAGUUCAAUUUUAAAGGAGAAAAAGUUAACAUGAAAUUAAAAUGGACCUUAUUUACUUUCUUAAUAAACCUUCCUAGGCUUACAUCUUUUAUCAUAAUGUAAUAACUUACUCUGCUUCUGAAAUGACGUUCCUUUUCGGCUGAUGUCACAAAUCACUCUUAUUUUUUAACUCCUCCCCUUCACCCACCAGGCUCCAUUCUGGUAUGUAAAGCCCACUUUUCUACAAUCCAAUCAAUUCUUGAUGGAUAAAAUCAAGUCCCGCCCUAAUUUUCUUUUCUUUUUUUUUCUCAUUCAAUAUCCUGUUUCAGUCGUAAAUACUUUAUAUAACAGAAAUUAAAUGGCUUGUGAAUGGCAUUUCAUGUUGACUUUUACUACAGGAAACUUAUCAAGUAAGUACACCCAUUGAGUUAUAAAUUGAUGUAUUUAGUUUUAUAAAUGUGAACGUUUCCCAUUCUGAUUUUCUGCUAAUUUGCUAAUUUUAGAUUACCCCAUGAUUCCCUGGUUCUAAAAGAUCUAUUUCAUAAAUCAUGAUAGUGCCUUGUAAUAUAUUUCAUUGGUGUUUUGGGGGUAUUUUUUUAUUUUUUAUUUUAUUUUAUUUUUAAUCAAUUUAAUUAUUCUUCUUUGUGGAAAAAGUCACUUUUGCACAUACCUGCACAUAAAUGAUCAGAUAUGGCAUCACUGCUAUGUUUGAAGUCUUUGUGCCACUGUCCGUAAUGUAUUUUCAUCAACUAUUUGUAUAUUUCUACAGAUUUUUUUGAAUGUUUGUUCAUUCAGUGAGUGAGUCUUGAGCGGCGUUGUUGUGUCGUGUAUUUGGCUCUCAUUUAUCCUAUCAGUGAACACUGUCAAAGAUUAAGGUUUGCUUUUAAACUCUGGAUCAUUCAGAUGGAUCCACCAUGCUUGUAAAUACAUUCAUAUCAAAUGUACAAAUAUUUAAACUUUUUUGAGAAGAGUUAUAUUUUUGAGAAAUUUGUAAAAUAAAAAAGGUUAUGUAUAUAUCCAUUUGUA